CCGAGGAUGGCCACCUCUCCAAAAUAACCACAGCACGACCUAAGCCAACAACUCUCUCACUCAUCUCCUCCGUCACGCUACGACCGAGUCUGUCCCAGCCGCCAUCACAAAGACACUUAAUCAACGCGACUGCAAUCGAUUGAUUUCGUGCAGCGUAGUUUUGUCUCCCAAUCGCCCCCCCUAGACACCUCUGGCCUCGCCUUAAAACAACGCGACACAAUGGCUGCCCUUCGCUCUUCGACGCGGGUUCUCUCUGCUACCUCCAGGUCGGCUAUCCGUCCUGCGACCGUCUUUGCUCGCUCCAUGGCUAGCGUCAGCGAACCUGCCGCUGAAAAGACUCCCAAGCUCAAGACCUUCCAGAUCUACCGUUGGAACCCUGACACCCCUACCGAGAAGCCCAAGCUGCAGAGCUACACCAUCGACCUCAACAAGACUGGUCCUAUGAUUCUCGAUGCCCUCAUCCGCGUUAAGAAUGAGCUCGACCCUACUCUUACCUUCCGCAGAUCUUGCCGUGAGGGUAUUUGCGGCUCUUGCGCCAUGAACAUCAACGGCCAAAACACCCUCGCCUGCCUGUGCCGUAUCCCCGCCGAGUCCUCCUCCGACGUCAAAAUCUACCCCCUUCCCCAUACCUACGUCGUCAAGGAUCUCGUCCCUGAUUUGACGCACUUCUACAAGCAGUACAAGUCAAUUAAGCCGUAUCUCCAGCGCGAUACUCCUGCUCCUGAUGGCAAGGAAUACCGCCAGUCCAAGGAAGACCGCAAGAAGCUCGACGGUCUCUACGAAUGCAUUCUUUGCGCCUGCUGCUCUACAUCGUGCCCUUCAUACUGGUGGAACGCUGAGGAAUACCUUGGUCCCGCUAUCCUCCUCCAGUCUUACCGUUGGUUGGCCGACUCCCGUGAUGAGCGUACCGCUGAGCGCAAGAACAACCUCGAGAACAACAUGAGCCUGUACAGAUGCCACACCAUUCUUAACUGCACUCGUGCCUGCCCCAAGGGUCUCAACCCUGGUAAGGCCGUUGCUGAGAUCAAGAAGGCCAUGGCUCUUGGCUCGUAAGCUGUCAAGAUUCGUAGCGGAGGGCGCGGCGUAUGGACAUAGACGUGGAUUUCAUUAACUACUGCAUUGAAGGAGGACUUUCCCUUGGGUAAAACACCACCCAACGGAUGCUUUAUGUAACAAGAUCAAGUCGCAGGAUAAUUUUUUAAGGUUGUAUCAGUGUUGAAGGAUGGCGGAUAGUCAAAAUAUAAGGGCCAAAAGGCCGAUUCCAUUUGUUAUC